UAGCACAUAUCGGCCAAUAAUUUCCCAUUCCAAUGAUUUUAUCUGCUAUAGGCUACAUCAGAUCAGAAUCUCAACGUUGUAAAUGUAGUAAGCCCCGCCCAGGGUAUGUGCAGUGCUGACGUCCAUGGCCACCUCACGUGACUCCUCUGGAAUGUUAACAAUGCAGUAAGUGUCCAACUUUGUACUGCAUUCUAAUUCUGCCGUGAGUGGCGAGAAAAUGGAGGACAAUCCCAUGAUUUUCCCUGUGUGCUUUUUAUGAGAGGACAUCGAAAGUCGAUCCGUGGGAAACAAAACACCAGACCGAUAAUCUACAACUUUACUGAAGUUUAAAUCAGUUCCUUGGAUUAAGGCACUAACACCUAUCACAUGGCAAAGAUGCAUUCCAGACUGGGAUGGAACAAGCACGCAGAUGGAAUAACCCCUCACAUGUCUUGGGAGGAGGGGGAGUGUGAGCCCUGAAAGGGGUGCUGGGAUGUGAGUAGGCCAGCAUCCAGCACGAGCCAGAGCCAAGAGGCAGCAUCAACAAAGACAAGCGACAACAGGAAUCCUAAUCUUCACUUGCAUCUUUCCCACUGCAGUCUGUUAUCUAUUCAGGUCAGACUGAGCCUGGUGUGAAGAGUUUGUGUGAGAGCGCAGGCCACGUUCACUCAUGAGGCCUAAGACCUUCCCUGCCGCCCCAUAUGUGGGCAACACGCGCCAGCGGCUGCAGGAGAUCAAGGAGGGACUGAAACAACCAGCAAAGCUGGUGAGCCAGGCGCUUCAUGGAGGGAGCGCUCGAGGGGAGGGGGGCAGAGGUGGCGACUCUAAGGGCAAAGACCAAGCUGGUAGGCAACAACAGCUCCGGCAGCCCCAGAAGUUCAACAACUACCAAAACGCCCUGCGAGAGAUCCGCAAGUCUCUGAUGCCCUUUGCCAAUGAGUCGGGUCCAGGAUCCAGCUCAGGGCACCCUGGUGAAGUCAACAGACAGAUGCUACAGGAUCUUGUCAAUGCUGGUUGUGAUCAGGAAAUGGCUGUACGUGCCCUAAAACAGACUGGCAGUCGUAAUAUUGAGGCAGCGUUGGAAUAUAUUAGCAAAAUGGGUUACCUGGACCCUCACAAUGAACAGAUUGUACGUGUCAUCAAACAGACUUCCCCAGGAAAAAGUGGCAUGCCAAAUAUGAUGGAUCACAGGACGGCAAUGGAAGGCACUGGGGAUGGUGUAAUGCCCCCUUAUCACCAAAUGGGAGCACCUCUGUAUGAGGGAGCUAGUUAUGGGGCUGAGGGUGAGAUAGCUCGUGCAUACAUGGGUGGACCACCUAUUAUGAACUACAUGGCACCGCCUGCCAACACUUCACAGGGUCCUACCAUGGGAAACCCAAUGGGUCGUCCUGCAAGUAUGGGUGCCUACUCUACAAGCUUGGCUCCUCAAACUAACACUGGGAACCCUAUGUACACCCCUGGUCCAACCCAGCAAAAAGGAUACCCUGGUGGAAUAGACCAGGCCAUGAUGGGUUACAGUGUGCCUGGACCACCCAUGCAAAUUCAGCCUCAGCCCUCGGGAGGCCCUGGCCCUCAUUAUGACUACAGGCCUCAUAUGAUGGAGGCCUCCAGCUAUGGGGUUAAACGAAGUGCUUCCUUCCAGAAUAAGAUGCCCCCACUUACACCUGAAAACUAUGUUAAUAUGCCAAGCAAAGGAGCAAUAGGCCAAAACUCUGGUGGCUAUGCCCCCAACUUAUAUCUGCCAUCACAUUCACACCCACGCCAAGCCAGCCCCACCUCACACCAGGUUCACUUGAUGCAACGCCCCCCUGGUGUUGCCCCUGGAGCUAUGGGUGGUGAGUUCUCUGAUGUUCCUCAAGGUCUCCUCACCCCUUCUAGGGCCAGUCUGAACCUUGACCUGUAUGAGCAUCACUGGCCAGGAGCCCAAGGUCCCGAGGGGACUCCUCCAGCCAGGCAGCCACAGGGGCCUUUUAGAGGGGAGGUGCGUGUCCCCAGUAGGACCAAUUCUUUUAACAACCACCAAAAGGUGACUGUAAGGCAGGCAUUGCCUCCUACAGCUAGUGUUGCCGGCAAGCCGGAGGCAUCAUUGGGACCACCUAACACAAUAACGGCAGUGACCUCUCCACCAAUCCAGCCACCUGUUAAGAGUAUACGGGUCAUGAGGCCUGAGCCGAAGACAGCUGUGGGACCAUGCCACCCAGGCUGGCUGAGUGCACAAGCCCAGGAUGCUCAAGAGUCUCAUGGAUACAUGCCAGAUGAGACUUUUACCCUGGAGCCCAAUCAAGAACAUCGCUGCCCGCCUCCACCUUACCCCAAAACACUGCUCCUGUCUGGAUCUGGACCUGGAGCUGAGCCUGCAUCCCUGGAGACUGGAGCCAUGGGUGGACUUCAAGAUGUCAGUGCUACAAGUAGGACUGUCCAGAGUGCCUCAGCUGGAAAGAAGGAGGAACCUGUCUCCAAAGACAAAGUGAAGACUAGCAAAGGAGAGAAGGCUGUGAAGGAUAAGAAGCAGAUCCAAACCUCACCUGUGCCUGUGAGAAAGAAUGCCCGAGAUGAAGAGAAGAGAGAGUCGCGUAUUAAGAGUUAUUCUCCCUUUGCCUUCAAGUUCUAUAUGGAACAGCAUGUGGAGAAUGUGAUGAAGACCUACCAGCAGAAACUCAACCGCAGAAUGCAACUGGAGCAAGAGAUGUCCAAGGCUGGCCUUUCAGAGGCAGAGCAGGAACAGAUGAGAAAGAUGCUUUACCAGAAGGAAUCCAAUUACAACCGACUCCGCCGUGCCAAGAUGGACAAAUCAAUGUUUGUCAAAAUCAAGACACUUGGGAUUGGGGCCUUUGGUGAGGUGUGUCUUACACGUAAAGUGGACACUGGGGCACUGUAUGCCAUGAAGACUCUAAGAAAGAAAGAUGUUUUGAACCGAAACCAAGUUGCCCAUGUGAAAGCAGAAAGGGAUAUCUUGGCAGAGGCAGACAAUGAGUGGGUAGUCAGGUUGUACUACUCAUUUCAGGACAGAGACAGCCUGUACUUUGUCAUGGAUUACAUUCCUGGAGGAGAUAUGAUGAGCUUGCUGAUUCGUAUGGGGGUUUUUCCAGAGCCCUUGGCCAGGUUUUAUGUUGCAGAAUUGACAUUGGCCAUCGAAAGUGUGCAUAAGAUGGGCUUCAUCCACAGAGAUAUCAAGCCGGACAACAUCCUCAUUGACCUGGAUGGACACAUCAAACUGACUGAUUUUGGUCUGUGUACAGGGUUCCGUUGGACACACAACUCAAAGUAUUACCAAAAAGGGAACCAUAUCCGGCAGGAUAGUAUGGAGCCAAGUGACUUUUGGGAUGAUGUGUCUAACUGCCGUUGUGGUGACCGGCUGAUGACUUUGGAACAGCGGGCAACUCGACAACACCAGCGUUGUCUAGCACAUUCUUUAGUCGGCACUCCUAACUACAUUGCCCCUGAGGUACUUCUGCGCAAAGGAUACACACAGCUGUGUGACUGGUGGAGUGUGGGAGUAAUCUUGUUUGAGAUGCUGGUUGGCCAGCCACCCUUCCUUGCUCCAACCCCAACGGAGACACAACUUAAGGUGAUAAACUGGGAGAACACUUUGCAGGUGCCCCCACAAGUAAAGCUGAGCCCAGAGGCAGUUGACAUCAUUGGUCGGCUCUGCUGCUCAGCUGAAGAGCGUCUAGGAGGUAAUGGAGCUGGAGAGAUAAAGGCUCACCCAUUCUUUUCCGAGAUGGAUUUUUCCAGCAAUCUUCGCACACAACCUGCUCCAUAUCGACCGAAGAUUGCCCACCCCAUGGAUACAUCCAACUUUGAUCCUGUGGAAGAGGAGGGGGGUCCAGGGGCCUGGAGUGACAGUGGAGACAGUACCCGUACGUGGGACACCCUCUGUUCUCCUCACGGCAAACACCCUGAGCAUGCCUUCUACGAGUUUACUUUUCGCAGGUUUUUUGAUGAUAAUGGUUGUCCAUUCCGUUAUCCCAAGCCCCCAGAGGCGACACAAGACCUGCCCAGCAGUAGUGUGCCUGGUAGCCUGAAGCCUGAGUUGGAGGAGGAAGAAAUUCAUGAAGAGGAAGAGCAAGGGGAAGGGUGUGAGCCGGUUUAUGUGUGAGAAUGUCAGAUUGGGUGUUCAUGCUGCUCUGCCUUUACCCAUAGAAGACCUUGUCUGUUAACACGCUGCAUCUUCCACACAUCCUUUCAACCCUAAUUUUUUUCUUCAGGGUGUUUUUGUACAUGUUAAGUGCAUGGAAGAACAUCAGAAAUGGAGUGCAAAAAGUUCCAUGUGAAAUGUGUUUAUUCCUCUCAAACAUUAUGCAGUAUCCUUUGCCUGUUACAAAUGACUGAAGCUCUGACCAGGGACCAAGGAAAUGCACAAGCUAUGCAGCUUAAUUCAUGGGGACUUUGGUUGGAAUGAUACAUUUGGGUACUCUCCUAUGAGAGCACAAAAACAGAGAUGUGCUUUGUGUUUUUUACUCUCAUGGUUCGUGUAGUCUGUCUCAACUGUGCCCCAUUCCUUAAUUCCACUGGGGGGAAAUUUCCCAGUCUUACAUCAUAAGUCAAUACUUCUUCCUUCACCUCUCUCAGCCUGGUGAUGCUAACGUAGCCAUUCCGAACACCAGUGAGGUCGUGGUGAGGGAUCAGGAAAGAGCUGGGCUUGAGAUGGUAGCUUUAUGGUUAGGCUGCGAUAAGGAGAUGUGCCGAGAGCAGACAGAAAUAUUACAAUUCCCUUCCAUAGCGCAAUCCCACAAAAAUAUAAAUGCAAGUUAUGCAACAUGAAAAUGGUGUGUCACAACUAUUGGUUUUUACUCAUAACACCAAACUGACUUCAUAUUCAGAAAUAUUUUCUGAAGUAUGGAAGCCAGAUUUUCAUAUCUGUGAUCUUAUAAUCUCAGUCAUUUUCACAUUAUUUGUAUAAAACAAAAAAGAAGAUAUUGUGGCGCCACCAAGUGGUUCAAAAGUGACACUGUAAACAAUCGCGCAUAUUCUUCUGAAGAUCUAAGUCCUAGAUUAUAGACUGACAGUAUUAGGUCACUUCUUCAUGCAAAGCAAAAGAUCAUGCAGUAUUUUGCAGUUAAUUUACUUAUCACGGCUUUUUUUUGUAAAUAUUAUACAGUUAUCUUUUUUAUGUUUCAUGCCUUAUCAGGAGAAUCUGGGCUCUCAGAUGUGAUGCAAUAUUAAGACAAAAUGUUAUGGACAGCCAGCACUUCAAGGACAUGCAAUCUUAACACUGCCAUUAUUGUUGAGAAUUUUAUAGAAACAACCUAUUGCUUUAAAGCUGAAUCCUGAUGUGUGGUAAUAACAUCAAAUAUGCCAUAAAAGUUGCAAUAUUGAAACUAUUGACUCUUAAACUAAGAAAGAAAAUUAACUCCUAAAACCCUGCUUUUUACACACAUGCCAGUAAUAUGCAUAGUAACAUUUAUUCAUUCAAAAUAAAUGCAGCACAAAACUUUGCGGUAUUCUCAAAUUUGAAUUUUGCUUAAGUGUGUUAGUUUAGUUGCCAAACUAUUGUUUUUAUUUAAUUGCUAUUUAAAUUCAACAAACAUUUCUCUUGUCUGGCUUGAUUUAAUUUGCUUAAAAGCUUACUUAUCCUGUUCCCAAUACUUGCUUUACAUUCAUUUGUAUAUAACACAUUGUUUUUAGAGGUGCGUUUUCUCAGCAGCUGGCUAUCCAGAACAAAUUCUUAGCAUAAUAGUUUUUACCUAAAAGUUCUACAAAAGUACAAGGGAUUCGAGCUGUUUCCUUUUCUCGUUAUGCUUUUCAUCAUAUAACUCUGUCUGCUUUAUCCUCUUCCUGUUUCCCAGAACAUCUUAAUUGCAUUUAGUUUCAUAAGAAGAUCUUAAAAGUCAGACAGGUGGUUUUUGUUGUGUUUGUUCAUGCUCUUCCAGAUCCACUGGAAAUGAUCUUGUAUGUCACCAUCAGUUAACUUUUUAACCGAUUUAAUGGAACAAGUGUAAAAAAAAAUUGUCAUCGAGGCUGCUGCACCAAUUCAACGUGAUCACACAGCACAGUAUUAUAACAAGACGGUCUCUGACUGAAAUGUAAAGAAUACUUUGACUAUGAGGCAGAAAAUGAUGAAGUGGCAAAAGAAAAAUGUAUCUGAUGGUAUGACUAUGUGCAAUACAAAAAAAUACAAUAUAGUUUUCUAAAUACAACAAAUAGCCUUUAUAACUUUAAAACUGAAUUAUGCUAUCUAAAAGUAUAUAUUAUAUUGAUAUAUAUAUAUUUUCAGUAUAGUUUCAUGACCCAAUGCUGCUUAUUAUUAUUAUCAUUAUUAUUAAUAUUACACUAUAAAGUACAUUAUCAUUAUACUUUCAUUUCUAAUUUUUCUCUCUUUGUGGAUAAAGUGUGGUUUUUAUUGUCAGUGUGAUUGAUCUGGUGCAAGAUGAACUAUGUGCCUUCUAAUGAAUGUGUGGGUGUGUGUACCGUGUGCUGAUCAGUAUUUCAGGAGAAGAUGGAAACGCUGUCACUUCUUGCUCUCAGGCAGGUCCUGACUGUAAGAGAGGCGGUGUUGUUGUUGUUGUUUUUGUGGAUAGCUUGAGGAAGACAAAAAAGAAAGCAAGAAUGAAUGAUUGUCUUUUUUGAAAGACAAAAAAGCAGCAAGAAUGAUUGUCAACGAGACUCUGAAGGAGAUGUAUAUGGAUGUCAUGGCAGGGUGGAUAUGGAAACACAUUAUAGGCAUUUGGUCAAUGAUAAGGAUUGUUUUGAAUUUCUGUGAUAAGUCCAUUUAAUUGUGAUCUAAUUUGUAGUGACGAUUGCAUGAAUUAUCUCUCGAGCUGGCUGACAAUCAUGUGGUUACGUGCUUGCAGUCAAUAUUGUCAAAUUACCCCGUAUGACCGCCGACUUGAAGAGCUUUAAAAUGAUCCAUUCACGUUUGCUUUAUAUAUUGUCUCAGUACGAUCACUCCUAAAAGUUAAGUGAAACCUUAACAAAUAUAUUUCCGAGACAUUGUAUAUGCCUACUCAAAUUGGUAUCAUGCCUUUGGUCCAGUCAAACCAGUGAGCUCAAUGGGAGUGUGACGGCAAGCGAUGCAGAUGUUUUGCUACCCCGAAUUCAUCAGAAUGGGCCACUCAGUGAAAAAGCAUGGCUUUCUACAAAUCUCUCACAGAGUCAGGUAUAGGGUUUGAAUGUAAUUAGUGUGUUGUGGUUAUGAUGGAUUCUGUGUUUUACUUUUGAAAAUGUUGGCUGACAAUCUUUGACUGUAUUUAGAACUGUGUGAUGACGGGACUUUUUCCUCUAAUGUUUUUGUAUUUUAAUGGAUGAAUGGGUUGGGACUUUUUGACGUUUGUAAUCUUUUACCUGUAUUUUACAAUUCUGUUACCAUUGAACAUAUAUUUAUACAGAUAUACAUAUUUUUUGUAUCAUUUUAUUCUUUAUUUUUCUCUCUUCUGAGCUAACUUUUGAACCCCAUGUCUACAGUAUUACAGACAGUAUGCAUUUGGAUUUAUAUCUCAUUUUUACAUGUAUGUAUGAAUUGAGAAUGUUUAAGAAAUGCUUUUGCUGUCCUCAUGUGUAAAUGUAUGUCUAAAUUAAAUUAAACAAAUCAUCCUCUU